AUGCUUCGUACAUCCAUCAUCAAGAGCGCGCGCUCAAUCGCCGCCCCCCGCUACUUCUCCGCAUCCGCUCUGCGCUUGACUGAGGGAGCUACCGGCUCUGGCACGUCGAGACCUACAGGAACUGCUGGCGGUGACGCCUUCACCAAGCGUGAGGCUGCUGCCGAAGAGCUCUACAUUCGUCAGGAAGAGAAGGCCAAGCUUCUGGGAAUCAAGGCGAAGCUCAGGCAGCAGAGGGAGCACAUGGAUGAGCUGGACAAGCACAUCGACCAAGUCAUCAAGGAAGCCGAGGCUUCCGGCCAAGGCGAGCAGAAGUAA